UUUUACCACUUUCUUCACUGUCCUGCUCUCCCAUCCAUUCGUAAUGAUGGUGAAUACAAUGGCUUGGAUAAUCCUAACUUCAAUGCUGAGUUGUAUCUCUUCUGUUUUUCAUAGUUGCCCUCAUUCCAAGUCAUCUUCUUAUCUCUUGAUUGCAGCCUCUGUUCUGCUCCAAAGCAUGGGAAAUCUUUUUAACUAUUUCUAUUGUCUCCUUGUCUAGAUUGAAUGUGAGCAUGGCCUCCAGAGUCGCUAUUUAUAAUGCUGUUUACGUUCAGCAUUAAACCUGCCUUUGCACUUUCUUCUUUGACUUUCUUUAGUGAUCCAAUUCUGUGAUAUUUUCCAACAGUAAUAUGGUGUCAUCUGCAUAUCUUAAGAUUGUUGAUGUUCCUUCCUCUCAUCUUCAUUCCUCCUCCUUCUGAACCUGCACUUCAUCUAUUUUCUGCAUCCAAGUUGACAAAAGUAGGGUGAUACAAUGCGCUCUUGCUUGGCUCCUUUGCCAACUGGGAACCAUUCUGUUUCUCCAUAUUCUGCUCGAACAGUUGCCUCUUGUUCGAAGUACAGAUUCCCCACCAGGACUAUCAAAUGUAUAAGUGGCACCCCCAUUUCUUUAAGCAUAGAUUCUCAUGAUCUAUGCAGUCAAAGGCUUUCAUAUAGUCUAUAAAGCACAUGCUGAGUUUCUUCUGGAAUUCCUUAGUGCGCUUUAUUAACCAUUGUGUGUUUCCAAUGUCAUUCCUAAUGCCUCUUCCUUUUCUGAAUCUUGCUUGCACCUCUGAUAUAUAUAGGCACAUAUAUUAAUGUGGCAUAGUGGUUUGACCAUUGGACUAGGACACUGGAAGACCAGUUCUUACUGUUAUUACAACUAUUAUUAUUGGUUUAUAUCCCACCUGUCAGUAAUGAGACUUGAUGCAGCUAACAGUAUAUAUGAACCAAUACAGAUCAUAGCUAUGCAAAACCAUCGGGCUCUUUCACAUUACAAAAUUAAAACACUUGGAUACUCCUGUUAACUGCUAUGGCUCCAUUCCAGGGGAUCUUGGGAUAUAUAGUUUUGUGCAACACUUAAGAGUGCACUGGCAAUAAAGCCUACCUAUUGCACAAAACCACCAAUUCCAGGAUUCCAUAAGGUGUUUAAAUGGGAUCAAAGUACUAUCGUUUUUUCAUUGUGAAUUAAUGCCUAGAGGCUUCCUGAUGGCAUCCUGCAGCACGAUUGUGUUCAGCGCAUGCUGCGAUUAGACAUCAUUGAUAAAAAGGAUGGCAAGGCAAAAGGGCAGGUAAGGUAAGAUACGGUAAAUUGGCACUCAGCCCCCAGGCCUUAACAUUUGGCAGCUGGGAUUUUCACUGAAGGAACCAAAUAGCAGAGUUCAGUUGCUGUAUUCCAAUAGCUCUGACACACAGCACACAUCUUGGGCUGCAUCUGUACUGCGGAAUUAAUGCAGUUUGGCACUGCUUGAACUGCAAAUGGAUCAGUGCAACUCAAUCCUGGGAGCUGUGAGAUACUUAGUCUGGAGCUUUCUGGUGCUGUGGCAAACUACAGCUCCCAGGAUUUCAUAGCGCAGAGCCACAACAGUUAAAGUGGUGUCAAACUGGAUUAUUUCUGCAGUGCAGGUGCAGCCUCUGUUCUUGGGGGUGCUGUCAGGGUGACCAGGAGUCCUCUUUUUCCCUACGUUUCAACCUUCUGUCCAGGAGGGAUUGCAAAACGUCCUCCAUUUGGAACAUGGCUAAGAAGCAUGUAUUUGCAUUUAUGUUAAGUGCUUUUGGCUCCAUUUUGGCCGAACGUCCUGCAUUUUGCAUUGCCUUGUCCUCCUUUGUGUCUAUGAGGACAUUGGCCCAGCCAGCAGAGCCUGGAGCAGCCUUUCCUCCACUGCCCUCCUGCUCUGAUCAGACGGGUUUUUAUCAUGGUUUUUCCAGUCCCCGCCUGAUCAUUUCUCCCCCGAAGUCCUUUUACGACCAGCCUGUUAUCAGCCUUUGGGGAGGCAGCUGAGGUGAAUGGACCCGUGGGGCUGCGGCCUGCUGCUGACCCAGCUCUUUCGGCUGGACCUUUCUCGCUUCUGCCCAGCUGCCAGCCCCGAGACAGAUCCCCCUCCAAGUUGCAAGGAUUUCCUUUAGCAAACUCAGAGUAAAUGUUUUCCAGCCACUGAAGGCAUGCUGAAUUAUAUAUUUUUGCCUUUUGCUCAUAAAUAGGGGCAAAAGAAUCAGCCUUCAUCUCUCUGGGCCUGCCAAUGGCGGAGAGAAGGUUGAUCUGCUGGAUUUCUAUCUGUCGCUCUUGCUUGUUGUGCGCCUUCAAGUCGUUUCCCGCUUACGGCACCCAUAAGGAGGGUGUUCUUGGCAGGUUUCCUCAGAGGGGGCAGUCUAUGCACUCCCCAGCUGGGAGAAAGGAUAAGAUAUAAAGUUAAGCCAAUGAUUUGUUUUCCCCAGUGAAGACUCCUGUUUCUCCCCUGAGAUGGCUGCUGGACCUUCCCAAAUCCACCCCGUGGUGCAAAUGCUGAUAGACCUCACUGCAGGGGCAGCAGGUAAGCUGGGAAGGAAGGGCUGGGGGGAGCUCAAUAUCUCACAAAACUGCAGAUCCCAGAAUUCCAGAGCACUGAGCCAUGGCACUUAGAGGGGGCACUUAGAGUGGAUGAUUUUUGCAGUGCAGAUUAGAUCCAGGAUAGUCCUGACCUGGUGUUCUAGGUAGGACCCAGUGUCCUAGACCCAAGAUAGUCCUGAUCUGAUGUCUUAAGUAGGACCCAGUGUCCUAGAACCAGGAUAGUUCUAGGAAGGACCCAGUGUCCCAGACCCAGGAUAGUCCUGACCUGGCAUCCUAGGUAGAACCCAGUGUUUUCUUUCCAUCCCAGCAUCUCAGGAACUGGUCUAUGAGCAUUUCAGUGACCCCCAAUGUUCAUGCACAGAGCCCACCAUCUUGCUUCUUUGGGGAUCUGGUUGCGCCAGGCAUUAUUCCGAUGUCAGCCAGUGAUGCCUUGCGCCCUCCUUGCAGGCGGCGUGGCGUGUGUGGUGAGCGGCCAGCCCUUUGACACCAUCAAGGUGAAGAUGCAGACCUUCCCGGCCAUGUACCGGGGCUUCUUCGACUGUUCGGUAAAGACCUACCGGCAGGAGGGCAUGUAUGGGCUCUACCAGGGCACCACCCCAGCUUUGCUGGCCAACGUGGCAGAGAACGCCGUCCUCUUUGCUUGCUACGGCUUCUGCCAGGAGGUGGUCAGGCAGCUCUUCGGACUGGGCAGCGUCCUGGAGCUCAGCGACCUGCACAGUGCCAUUGCCGGCUCCUUCUCCUCGGUCUUCUCCUCCAUGGUCCUCUGCCCCACGGAGCUGGUGAAAUGCCGGAUGCAAGCCCUCCACGAGAUGAAGGUCACUGGACAGACAGCCCUCUCAAGCCGCAGCUCCACCUGGGCAGUAGUGAAGGCCAUUUUGCACUCCGAGGGCCCCUUGGGCUUCUUCCAGGGGUUGACCAGUACCUGGCUGCGGGAGGUGCCCGGCUAUUUCUUCUUUUUUGGGGGUUACGAAGUCAGCCGCAGCUUCUUCCUCCAGGCUGGACAGUCCAAGGAGGACCUGGGCGCGCUCCCUGUAACCGUGAGCGGAGGCAUUGGCGGUGCAGCGUUCUGGCUGGCCGUCUAUCCAAUUGACUCAGUCAAGUCACGGAUUCAAGUGUUGUCCAUGGCCGGGCGGCAAGAUGGCUUCCUGAUCUCCUUCUUCAACAUCCUGCGGACAGAAGGGUUCAUGCCUCUUUACUGCGGACUGAUGCCCACGGUGAUCCGCGCAUUACCCUCGAACGGUGCCCUCUUCCUCGCCUAUGAAAUGACGCAGAGAAAACUGACUGGCCUGGCAGAAAGAGCGACCUGAAGCCGGUGGAGAAUCAGGAUUCGAAUGCAGGAUGGAAGGGCAGAGAGAGACUGGGAUGCGUCUUCAGACUCAAUUGCUGUAGCCAAUACUUUGCAAGGAGGACAGUCCUGUUCUGGGAUUAAGAGAAAGCAAGUGGGGCUUUCUGGGCCCAGAGGGUCCGUCUUUGGGGUGGGGAUGAUGGGAGACAGACUCUGGGGCACUCUUUCUCAACAGAAGCCCCAAAGACCCCCUCCUUGGUGGACACAAAUUGAACUUUUGGGAAGCCAUAUCAUAUGGACAUGUCUAAAUGGGGCUAUUUGUACUUGAACAGAUGAUCGCAACUAUUUUUUUGCCAAUCAUUGCUUUAAUUAUUAAUAAAACUUUAAAAAAAGAAGAGGAAGAAAAGAUUGGCUGUCC